AUGGCUUCUCCCACAUAUAAUGAGAUACUUAGGGAUUUAUAUAGUCAAAUCCACGAGAAACUUGAAAGGCGGGACAUUGCCGAUCGGCGCUUUGCUAAAGUCGGUACCACCCAAGCAGUUCUAGCCCCUUACAACUUAAGGCGCUUAUUCUGCAGCCUGGUAUCUCCUAACGAUUCAUUAGAAACGUAUUUUGGACCUGGGAUAACUGUGGAUUUGCUGACCUCUCGAGUCGAAGAGCGGAGUCUCCAUAGCUUUUUGGCUAUUUUAAUUUACUCCCGCUGUAGCAUAGAGUCAGUUAGAUGUUUUACUAGGAAACUUCUCACUUGUCCGUCUGAUGCUGACAGAUGGCCAAUAUCCUACGAUGGUCAGACUCGGAUUGAUCAGCUUCCAGCAGAGCGCGAACAACUCGAGAAAAUAUUCGGGGUAGAUAAUGGACCUGAUAUUAACAGCUUCAUCGAUAUGCAACCCUGCUUUUGCCCUAUUGUACUCCAUGGCGGGGAUGUUCAGUGGGCCGAUGGGAAAAAGCAGAGAUUGCCUUACAUGUUCGAUGAAGAGGAAAUCGGGAUGGGUUCUUAUGGUGUGGUUUAUCGCGUCGUCAUAGCCAAAGGACACUUGGUAAAUAAGUCUACGUCGAUGGUGAAUUCGGAGCCCAUGCCAAUGGCUCGAAAGGAUUUUGAGAAAAAUGACCACUUUCAGAAAGAGUUAGGAACCAUGAAGCAGAUUCUAUGCACUCCUCGUAAAUCUAAGAACAUCGUUGAGACUUUCGGUAGCCUUCAGCUUGAUGAGAGCAUAUUCAGCAUAUUCAUGCCGCUUGCGGAAUGCGACCUCAGGGCAUGGAUGCGCAGCAAUGCUCCUCCGAUUCUUGAAUCAGAAAAAGCUGACAUUCUAGAAUGUGCAUCGGGCCUUGCGGAUGGCUUGGAGUUUCUUCAUUCCGAGAUCAGAGACUCCAGCGGGAAUCGGAUGGUCUGUUAUCACAUGGAUUUGAAGCCAGCAAAUGUUCUUGUCUUUUAUGAUAAGGAACAUGGAAGAUUGGUGUGGAAAAUUAGUGACUUCGGCAUGUCGCGUGUGAAAGUAUCACAUAGCCACACUAACACAGUUGAUCAAGAUAUCCAAGAUAUCAGCGUUCUCUUUGAGAGGAGGAGAGGUGACACUUCGGUAUCAGAUACUGUAAAUCGCCGGUUAGAGGGUACCUACCUCGCACCCGAGUCGACUAUCUCAGUACGGAAUAUGAACGAAAAAAGUGAUAUUUGGUCUCUGGGAUGUGUUAUUAGCGUCGUUAUAACAUAUAUCAACAAAGGACAAGAGGGUAUUGACGCCUACGCGGACAGGAGAGCAGCUACAUCCAAAAGCUCUAGAGCAGGAGAUAAAGACCACUUUUUCCUCAUCAGUCGGUAUCGUACACCACCAAAACCUCAUCCGGCAAUCAAAGAGCACCACAGGAAUCUAAUCAAGGAGGCCAAUAGAAGGAGUUCUGGCGAAGGCAAGGUGAUGAAAGAGGUAUUAAACUAUAUUGAGCAGAAGGUCUUAGAGCUAGAUCCUCGACGGAGGGAGCCUGCUAGGCGCAUUAGGGAUAAACUGCUCGCUGCAUCAGCGGCUUAUCAUAUGCUAAGCGAGAAUCCUGAACAAUACGAAGGUCAUACCCAACCCGGAAUCCUUUCGAGGAUAAUUUCUCGAUUUCCCGUAAGAUAUCAGAAAACUGACGGACCGAAGCUAGAAAGCUGGUGGAUUCCUAAUGCAAGAGCUGUUACAGGAUGCUCUAUAGCCCCUAAUGAGCCAGUCAUCGCCCAUUGGACAGAUACCUGUAUUUCGUUAUAUGACUUACAAUAUUUCCAGCGACGAGGUGGUGAUAAGAGGGUUCCAUAUUACGAACUACGGGGAACGGGCGCGUGGAAAAGCGUGAAGCUAAAUGAGACAUAUCUAAUUGCUUCAAUAACGGGACGCCACUCCUACGUCUAUCUCUUUGAUAUAAAGGGUGGCAGAUUGCCAGGGCUGAAUUUUGACCUAAACUACAAAAUCGAACUCCCUGUAGAUACUCGCAAUGGUCUUGAUCGAAUAGCCAUAUCUCCAGGGGGUGAAGUCAUUGCUUGCGUAGUACAUCGAGACUUAGAGAGUUCAUGGAUAUACUACGCCAAAAUAAGCGAUCUACUCAGUCGCAGAAUCCCGAGGGGUGAUUCUGAAAGUUUGUUGUCAUCCAGCGACGAACUCCAGUACAGAAUUAUUGCGGAAGAACCAUGGGAUAGACUCAAAGUGGACGCCCCGGCGGGAAGCGUAACACAUUUGUCGUUCCCUUCCGAUGCAGCUCUUUAUUAUAUUACUCAACCAGAUAUAUCCGAAAGACAUGAUAUAAAGAUUUCCUACCUAUCACUACUCACCAGACAGGUUAAGAUUAGGCAUGUGGAAAACUCGGCCCAAACACCAUCGGGUGAUGUCGAUAGUGGCAACUGGGGCCGCCUUCUCACAACCAUUACCGCAAUAAGUGACGAACAAACAUUCGCAGUCGUACUCUAUGAAAACCAACUACGCAUCCGAAAUUUUGGCGGGGGAAAUCCAAUACCUAAUAGUGAUACAACCCUCAGGAACUAUUUCAUCAGCAAACUCUUAAUGGACAAGCAGAACUCGCGGCUCUUUGCUUUAGCGUCUAAGAGUGGUAACAGUACAAUGCUACUGAUCGAAUUGCCUCUACCUCAUCUCGGAGAUAGAGAAAAGCCUCGAGAAAUCAAAGAACUCCCUGAAAUUGGUUAUAGGGACAAAGUUACUGCUAUGAUUUUCAGUGAAGAAAAUAGGAGGGAUGGAGAUGGGGGAUACAUCAUCAUAUUAGCUUACGUUGCCACUGGGUUGAUGUUAUAUAAAAUCAGCCUUUUAAGACUUAAGUGA